AUGGUCAACCCCUCGUGGUCACAUUUCGCGACCGUCUUGACUUCUGUUAGGUCGUUCACCCAACAGCCCCACCAGUCAAACAGCAUAAACACAAAUGGGGGAAAGGAAGCUCCUGGAAACCCUGAUAACUGCACAUACAUCGACAAAGACACGAAGCUAAGCUCUACAUACUCAAUCCUUAUCUCCCAAAUAGGAUUGACAGCCUUCAAUGGAUCCAUCCUUGUUUUAGCCAUAAACCGCUAUGACUAUGACGCAUUCCUCGAUCACACCACGGCUAAGACUUUCGAACGCGUAGGGCUGAUGUACGGCCUCAAGCUGUUUGCUCAAGGCGUUGGAGCUACAAUAAUUACUCCUCUUCGUCAAAGAGUCUCUUCACGGAUGACCCUUGUCCUCACAGUGCUACUUUUCGGUCUCAUCAAUGCUAUGUUGCUUAUCAUAGACGCUUGCACUGGGGGCACAAUUGUUCCUGACUCCUUCGUUGGCCACCAUCCGAAACAGGAAUUUCAUUAUUACGGCGAUUAUGGUACCAACGUGCUGAUCCCCGUGUACAGCUUGGCGGGCGUGGCAUACGGUAUGGUUGAGCUGAUCGUUCAUGUUGUUCUUCAUGAUAUUGUUGAUGGGCAUCUUAUCAAAUUGCACCGGCUGGAAAGUCUGGCUUACCUGUCCACCGAACUGGUCAAUAUAGUGGGAACACUCUUCGUUGGUCUGGUCCGGAUCCCUCAUCUUGGAGCAAGUUAUGCCUUCAUAGUCACUCCCGCCUGCUUCGCUGUAGCUGUGAUGUCCUGGUCUUUUCUCCAGGAUAAUGCGCUCGAGGGGACAAAGUCCGAGUUAUCCGAAGGUCGACCUUCAUAUUUCAGCGCUAUGCUAAUCAACAUGUUGGAGUGGUCUGUUCUCAUUCUGGUGGGUGCUCAGCUAGUCUUUACCAGGCGCAAGUACGUCUGGCUGUGGCCUUGCUCUUCGGUGUUGUUUUACACUCAUCAAUACCUCGAAACUGCCAUCCCUGCACCGCAUCACGCCGCGCUAGCCUGGUGCGCCGCUGCCAGUUUCAUCCCCAUCAUGUUUGCAUGGGUUGUCGUAGAUGCCUCAUUAGCAGCUCACGCCCAAGAGACGCUAGCACGAAUGAACCCAAUCUAUAUUGACCGGGUCUAUCGCAAGACGGGUCAUUUGACAGAGGGCGGGGAUAUUCACGAAGCCUUGUUCUAUGUUGGCGCAGUACAGAUUUCCAUUGUCUCGUUGUUGGUUCUGAUGGCCACAGUUGUGCCUCGUAGUUCAAUGGCAUGAGAUCCAGGAUAUCUGUGGGUGGGGAGAAGCGAGACGAUGUAGGUGAGAAUGAGGCGAAGAGGAAUGAUUG